AGUAUGGAUGAAAUUAAGAAGAUGCUGUUGUUGGUAUUGGGCUGUGCUGUACAGUGUGAAAGAAAGGAAGAGUUUAUCGAAAGAAUAAAACAACUGGAUAUUGAGACCCAGGCUGCAAUUGUUUCACACAUUCAGGAGGUGACUCAUAACCAGGAGAAUGUGUUUGACUUGCAGUGGCUAGAGCUGCCAGAUAUGGCCCCAGAAGAACUGGAGUCUCUCUCAAGGAAUAUGGUUUUCCAUCUCAAGAGGCUUAUUGAUGAGAGAGACGAGUGCACAGAACUGAUUGUGGAUCUCACUCAAGAGAGAGAUUAUCUGCAGUCUCAGCAACCACCAAGUCCUCUGAAAACAUCUAGUCCAGAUUCUUCACCAAACCUAGCCAAUCGUCUCUCCAAUGAGGACAAGCAGCACCUGGCUGUUGAGCUGGCAGACACAAGAGCAAAGCUGAGAAGGGUCCGACAGGAAUUGGAAGAAAAAUCUGAGCAACUCGUGGACACUAAACAUGAAGCAGAACAGCUCGUACUAGAGCUGCAGAAAAUAAAACAGGAGAACAUCCACCUGGCAGCUGAUGCACGCUCUGCCCGAGCAUACAGAGAUGAACUGGAUUCACUGAGAGAGAGAGCAAACCGAGUCGAGAGACUCGAGAUGGAACUGGUCCGGUGUAAAGAGAAACUGCAUGAUGUGGAUUUCUACAAGGCUCGUAUGGAGGAAUUGAGAGAAGACAACAUCAUAUUAAUUGAAACAAAGGCUAUGCUAGAAGAACAGUUAACAGUAGCAAGAGCUCGUGGUGAUAAAUUGCAUGAACUAGAGAAGGAAAACUUGCAAUUGAAAUCCAAACUUCAUGAUGUAGAGCUGGACCGGGACACAGACAAGAAGCGAAUUGAAGAGCUGCUGGAAGAGAAUAUGGUACUGGAGAUCGCGCAAAAACAGAGCAUGAAUGAGUCUGCACACCUGGGCUGGGAACUAGAACAGCUGUCAAAGAGCACAGACCUCGCAGAUACUAGAAAGUCCUUUGUGUUUGAGCUAAACGAAUGUGCAUCGAGUCGCAUUCUGAAGCUAGAAAAGGACAAUCAGAGCCUGCAAACCACCAUCCAAGAGCUCCGAGAUCUCUCUUUGACCACGGAAGAGAGCAGCCUAAAGUUUGUAGAGCUGGAAAAGGAGAAUCAACAACUUAGCAAGAAGAUUGAGAAGUUGCAAAAUCAGAUUGAAAAAGAGAAACAAAGCAACCAAGACUUGGAGACCUUAAGCGAGGAGCUGAUAAAAGAGAAAGAACAGCUACAGGGUGUCAUGGAGACUGUAAAAGCCGACAAAGACAGACAGAUAAAGGACCUCAAACAAGAGAAUGACCACCUCAACCAAGUGGUUUUGUCCCUGAGACAGAGGGCUCAGGUUAGUAGCGAGGCCAGAGUAAAAGACAUUGAAAAAGAGAACAAGAUGCUCCAUGAAACAGUUACAGAGACUAGUAGCAAACUCAGCAAGCUGGAGUUUGAGAAGAAACAAUUGCAUAAAGAUUUUGAACAGGUUAAAGAAAAGGUAGAACGUGUGGAGGAAAUGGAGAAAGAGCUCCAUCAGCUAGAGAGAGAGAAUGAACAGCUCACAAAGAAGGCAGCAGCCAUGAAAAUUGUAACAGAAAAAGUUGAGGUUCUAGAGCAGGAAAAUGGGGAUCUGGAAGUGGAGAACAGGAAGUUGAGAAAGUCCCUGGAUACUUUACAGAAUGUUUCCAUCCAGCUAGAGGACCUGCAGAGGGACAACAAGCAACUGGAUGAAGAGAACCUGGAGCUCAGGAGGAUGGUAGAGACCAUGAGAUUCACCAGCACAAAAAUGGCACAGAUAGAGGCAGAAAAUAAGGAGCUGGAGAGGGAGAAAGAGGAGCUAAGAAAAAAUGUGGAGAUGUUAAAAACACUGGGAAAGAAGUCGGAAAGGCUGGAGCUGAGCUAUCAGAGUGUGAACUCUGAGAAUCAGAGGCUUCAGCAGAUCCUGGAGAACAGCAGCAAAAAAACCCAAGAGCUAGAGAAAGAGCUACAGGGAAUGGAAAGUGAAAAUCAGGUCCUCCAGAGAAAACUUGAAGAGCUGAAGAUUUCCAGCAAAUGGCAGGAGAGGUUAGAAAAGGAGAACAAAGUGCUGGAGCAAGAAGUGUCCCAACUGGAGAAAGACAAAAAGAUGCUAGAGAAGGAAACAAAAAGGCUUUGGCAGCAGGUAGAGUUGAAAGAUGCGAUUUUGGAUGAUAACACAGUAAAGCUGGCGGCUGUGGAGAAGGAAAACAGAACACUUGAAAAAGAAGUAGCUCGAUUCAGAGACUCGUCUAAUAAGAUGAAAGAAUUUGAAAAAGACAAUAAAGACCUUAUAAAGCAAGUUACCAUUGAUAAAAGAACACUAGCUACAUUGAGAGAGGAUUUGGUCCUUGAAAAGUUAAAGAGCCAACAGUUGUCUAGUGAAAUGGACAAACUGAGCCAAGAGCUGGAGAAGAUUGGAUUGAACAAAGAGCUGCUGCUACAGGAUGAUAAUGGCAAUGACAACAAAUAUAAGAUUCUGGAAAGCAAAACUGACUCUGCAUUAAAGACAACACUAGCUAUUAAAGAAGAAAAGAUUGUAUUGUUAGAGGCUCAAGUGGAAGAGUCUCUUAGCUUGAAUCAGCAGUUGCAGAAUGAGCUUAAUACGAUAAAGAAGGACUUUGAAGUUCUUAAGCAAAGUCAAGAAGAUGGGCAAUGUGUGCAAAACUCAUUAAAAUCUCCUGCAGAAAAACUUAUUUCCAACCACCAGAUGAAAGAGAAAUGGGAAACGGGACACCGAGAAACAACAAUGGAGCUGUUGAAAGUGAAAGACAGGGCUAUAGAGCUGGAAAGGAAUAAUGCAGCCCUCCAUGCUGAGAAGCAGCUGCUUAAAGAACAGCUGAAGCAUUUGGAAAUGCAGAAUGUCUCUUUCAACAAUCAGAUCCUGACACUACAGAAGCAAAAUGUCUUCCUUCAAGAGCACAACACUGCUCUGCAGACCCAAACAGCCAAGCUCCAGGUAGAAAAUUCAACCCUGAGCUCCCAGAGCACUUCACUGAUGGCCCAGAAUGCUUUACUCCAAAACCAGCAGACAGCUAAGGAAAAUGAGAAUGAAAAUUUACUGAAACAGAAAGAUCAGCUAAAAGCUGAAUUCGAGUCACUGCUGCAGGACCACGAACACUUUGCCUCACUGCAUGAGCGACAGUCCACAGAAUAUGAAAUGCUAAUAAAGCAGCACAGCUGCCUGAAAACAUUGCACAAAAAUCUGGAACUGGAGCACAAAGCUCUUGGGGAAAGGUUCAACAGUUUAGUAAAACACAAGGCAGAACUGGAAGAAUUGGAAAUUGUUCUAAAAACCGAGAGAGAGGUUCUGCAGCAAGAAAGGAGAACAAAUGCAAUAGCCACUGGAGAAAAUCAAAAGAUGAGAGAAGAACUGGACAGGGUAAAUUUCUUGCAUAGCCAGCUAAAGGCAGAGUAUGAGGGGCUGCAUGCACAUACUAAGGAGCUGAAAACCUCAUUGAAUAAUUCUCAGCUGGAGCUGAACCGCUGGCAGGCUCGCUAUGAUGAACUGAAGGAGCAGCACCAGUCCAUGGAUAUCUCCCUGACCAAGCUUGAUAACCACUGUGAGCUGCUUACCCGUCUAAAGGGAAAUCUGGAAGAAGAGAACCAUCAUCUCCUGAGCCAGAUCCAGAUGCUGAGUCAGCAGAACCAAAUGCUACUGGAGCAAAACAUGGAGAACAAGGAACAGUAUCAUGAAGAGCAGAAGCAAUACAUUGAUAAAUUAAAUACAUUAAGGAGACACAAAGAAAAACUGGAAGAGAAGAUAAUGGAUCAGUACAAGUUUUAUGAUCCUGCUCCAAAAAAGAAAAACCACUGGAUUGGAGCCAGAGCUUUAGUCAAACUGAUCAAGCCAAAGAAAGAGGCUACAAAGGAGCGAUUGAUAUCAUCCAUGGAGAGUCCUCCAUGGCACUCUGAAUCCACAGAGACAGCAUCAUCUCCAUCUGCUUCUCAGAUACUCAAGCAUCAGCAGGAAAGUCUGGAUAACACCUCUCUGGGGUCAAACUCUAUGGAAGAGAAAGGGAGCCACAAUGGAGCUUCAAACAAAGCAUUAAUGGAUCUAAAACAAAACCGAAUUUCCCAACGUGGAGGCAGCAAUGAUAAUGUUGAAAAUUCAGCAGACUCUGCUACUAAGCACUGCGUGGAGCUGGGUUCCAGAACUUACUCUACCUCAGCCAUCCAUUUGACCACUUCAAGUUCUACUCCCACUUCCAGGCACCAAAGCAAACCCAAAGGAUAUAAUUCAGAGGAUAAUCUUUGUGACCAAUCCCCUGAGGUAGAGUUUUCAAGAAACAGACAACAUGUUUCCAAGCCAAAUAGUUUAGAGAGCAGUCGAAAUGCAUCUAGCAGUAGUUCACCUCUCAACUUGAAAGGUUCUUCAGAUCGUAUCUACGGCAGAGCUGAGAGCCUCAGCAGUGAAGAUAUGGUGCCAAGUAGAGAGACACCUGCCUUGCCCAGAGACAGCUACAUCUGUCAUUCCACUUCUGCCAUCUUAAGCUCUAACAACAGACAAGACCCCUCCCUUCACAGGAAUGGCUCGAUUUCUUAUGACAUACCUCAGAGGAGUAACCCAAGCCAAUCCUAUGCUGGCAGGCAGCGAUCUGCUUCUCCUGGCAGUGACAUGGUGACUUUGGAAGAGUUUCUGGAAGAGACCAACAAGUUAUCCCCAUCGAGUGACACUUCCAGUAGCAGAGAUGACUUGCUGAGUGAUUAUUUUAGAAAAGCAAAUGAACCCCCUCCUAUUGGGAACCAGCUGGGUCAGCCAGGUAGAAAGGAGACAGCUAAGACGCCUACCAGCUAUGUGUCACCAACUAUAAAAAUGACCAUCGCCAGUGAAGAGGGGAGAGUGGCUAAACCUGGACACUAUGUCAAACCCAACCUUAGACCAGCUGAAUCUGAGGCGCUGGCAAACGCCACAGGAUCUCUUAAACUUCCUCCCACACCACCACAUCAGCCGCUCAGUGGGCUGAGGCCGAUGGCACAACCGCAGCAGACCAGUACGAUGAGCCAGAGGAAUGCCUCCCUGAGCAGAGCCUUUAGUCUGGCCUCUGCAGACCUCCUGAGAGCCACAGGCCCAGAGACAUACAGACAGGAGAGCCCUCAGAAGCUGGGUGCAGAUGUUCGUGCGGGCAAAGACUCUGGCAGUCAGACCUUGCGGCUGUCUGUGCCCCCGGGCUCUCAUGCUACUGUACGAGACAGACCACAGUCUGCAAAGGCAGCGUGCACCUUGCAAGCUGUCGAUUCCCGUUGUCGGCAGCUUGAUGUGAGACGUCUUUCUCUGGCACCUCCAAAGGAGGAGAGGCCUCUUUCGUUUCAUCAGUCUUCUUCCUCUGCCGGUGCCAACAGUAUGCAGCAGCAGGAACGAGUGAGUGCAGUGCCUGGGCAACACUGUUCACCCACACAAUAUGCACCGGCUAAAGUCAAAUCCAAGCCAGCCGCACGCUCUGGGGAAGUGGCCACCGUGACUCCUGUCAGAGCUGCCUCUAGUAACAGUGAGGGCGAUGUUACCCAAGGGCAAAGUCGGAGUGAUGCCCUCAUUACCAAAUGCCAGAGUAGGUCACCAGAAGGCCACACUGGUGCAGGGGGAAUAGAGGAAUCCAACAGAGGGGGCAGCUCCAGGAGCACUCCUGGCUCUCCAGAUCCCCAUGGGGACCAGCAGACUGUCUGGUAUGAAUAUGGAUGUGUGUAAUCCGUUGAUUCUCUUGGUAACGUGUUUUAAGCUGGUGACAUUUGGGUGGAAUUUGCUAGUGGCAUUUGUCUAAACACUGUGGCAGGUCUUAAAAGGCAUUACCUGCACCUCAUUUUCUAGUUUGUCUAAAUGCCUUUCAGGCAUUGGUUUUUAAUGGAACAAAGGACAUUUUCACGGUUAAAACAAAGAACUGAACAGCCAAACCAGGGCCUUUCCUUUCACACUAUAGUGCCUAAAACAAAGUGGACCCCUUACAGACUCCCACAAGACUUUAGGCCUAAUUUUCAGAAGUGCUGAGCACCCACAAAUCCAGCUGAAGACAAGGGGAUCUGUGAGGGCUCACCACACUCUGACAAUUGGUCACCGCCUCUCCCUAUCUUUGUACUGCCCUCUCCCAUGCUCCCCCAGAUUCUGCAUUAAAGAAACAUUCAUGGGUCAAAUUUAACUGUGUUGAAUUCAGCCCUCAGUUUGAAAAAUGGCUUAAGUUGCAUAAAAGAUCAUGUAAAAGCCGAACUCCUCUCUGGGGAAAAGAACCAGACGCUUGCAGCAGCUUAAAGAAAAGCUGAAGGGCAAAAGUGUAUGGCUUUGCAGUGGAUCUAAGAAAAGCAAUUAUGUUUGUAACAGCUGCAUUUUAUAAAUAGGAGGAGUUGAAUUAAAGGGUCCCAUAUUAACCUUUCACAUUGGGAACUGUUUGAACCCAAAGAGGUCAGUGUACUUGCCUCGCUGCCUCCACUACACGCACAGUUCAGCGGAUCCUUGAUUCUGAAAGCCAAGUGGUGCUGCCUUUUGACACUUGCUUUAUCUUUUAUACAAACACUGGAACUGAUACAGCCUGUUCAGGGAGAUGCCUGCUUUCAAUGGCAUUGCAAAGAUGGCAUCCCAUCUACAAAGGUGACUUGUACACAUGUAAAUGAAAAGUUAAAUCAUUGUAUAGGAUUGCUGUGUAAACUGUAUUAAUGUGCUAUCACUUCUUCUUGCAUCCCCAUGUGCGUGAUUGCCCAUGUCCGAAGUAAUAUACAGGAAUCUCUCUCAUAGGAUGAAGUCUUUGUUUCUGUCUUAAAGAACUUGUUCAGUGUAGAAACCAAAAUAAUGUUAUAUACAUGAGAAAGAAAUCUACUUUUAAAAAUCUAUUUAUGUUCAAAUAAAAUUUCUCAUAUGUGUCUGUCAAGUUUCAUCAGCUGCUUAUGUAUAUAUGAUGAAACAUGUAUCUUUAAUUCUAUUUCAUGUUUGUAAAGGUGUUUUCCUUGUAUUAGACUAAAUCCCUAAAAAAUUUAAAGAUUUUCCUUACACUGGUUCCGAUUUAAUAUAGCAAAAGACAUAUGUAAGCAAUUUUAAACUGAUAUCAGGUCAGCUAGGAAUGUUUUUGUUAUAUAGUAUGUAGCAAUCACAUUCUGAA